AUCACUCUCUUCAUCAUCUAUCACUUAGACACAUCUCCUUUUUUUGAAACCAAACAAAAACCCUCUUUAACUAAGAGAUCAAAUAUGGCCGGAGUGAUGAAGUUGGCAUGCUUGGUCUUGGCCUGCAUGAUUGUGGCCGGUCCAAUGGCAGCUAACGCAGCUCUGAGUUGUGGCGCUGUUAACAGCAACUUGGCACCGUGCAUUGGCUACCUGAUCCAAGGUGGUAUCAUUCCCGUAGGAUGCUGCAACGGCGUAAGAAACCUUAACAGCAUAGCCCGUACGACCCCAGACCGUCAGCAAGCAUGCACUUGCAUUCAAAAUGCCGCUAGAGGCCUAGGCUCUGGUCUCAACGCUGGCCGUGCAGCUGGAAUCCCUAAGGCAUGUGGAGUCAACAUUCCUUACAAGAUCAGCACCAGCACCAACUGCAAGACCGUGAGGUGAUGGGCGACGGGUCACUGAUGAAGCUACUAGCGGACGUUUCGAAUGUUAUAAGAUGGAUGAGAUAACAUAUAUUAAAAUAAGAUGUUCGAAUGGCUGUUUUUAGAGUUUUUUUUAUAUAUAUUAAUCUACCUGUUCUCUUUUUCCUAUCGUGGACGUUCCUAUUAUGUGAUCGUCACUACUAUGUUUUCAAAUCUCAACCAACGUUAUAUGAAAAUUUCAGUCUUGGAGUUUAACCU